GGGCAACAUGGCGCACUGGUUGCGGUUUGUUGUUGAGAGCAGUCGCAGCGAGGGUGGUGGUGUCGCGGUGCGUGUUGGCAGACGAUGCCGCCAUCCCAUCGCUGUCCUGGGCACGCAUGGCGACGAUGAAGGCGGUCAUGCUCCAGAAGGCACCUCCUCGGCAUCAUCGUCGUUUCGCCCACCUUUGCUGCUGAACAUGGGGGGAUCGCUUGCUGUACAGGACGCUGGUGGAGUGCACACGCUGAAAGAAGUUGGCGACGCAGACGUGUCUCUGUUUGCCGUGUCUCCAAACAAACGCAUCAUCGCCACCCACCAUCACACAACAGCACCUAUUGGUGAUGGCGAUACAGUUCGUGUGCACCUGCACCAGCUGGUUGCUGUGAGGCAGUCUUCGUCUCCGUUGGAGCCACCACGACACACGUGGACAGCCCUCCACAUCGCGGCAAUUCGUGCUCCGUCAACAACACCAACAGCUGCGUCCUCUGCAGUACACGCCCUGGCGUGGUCGCCUGACUCGAGCACGUUGGCUGUUGUGAGCGAGGAUACAACGCUGCUGGCCCACAUGCACUCCCGUAGCGAUGGCACGCCUGUGCUCGAGCGCACAUCAACCAUCCCCUGCGGCGGACAUGAUGCGGCCUGGUGCCCAAGCGGGCGCCAGCUGCUGCUCUGGACGUCCAAAGCCAUCUUCAGAGUGGACACGGACGCGUCUGAGCCGCCAACAGCGCACGAGGUUGUGUUUGGGCUCGGUGACCGCCGCGUACUACUGGUGCAGCCAGUCGCCCUGCCCACACGUCGUCGUCGUGACCAGCAGUACGUAGACGGCGCGGUGAUUGCACUGGACGCCAGUUCAGACGUGUACACGCGCGAGAACGCAAGUUUGGUGGACCACAGCAGCUUGCAGCUCACCACAGCAACAGACUCACUGCAGUCUUUGUCAUCUCCGCUGCAGCAGCUGCUAUCGCUGCCGCGCCCGCCCGUUGUUGACACGAGUGCCAGCCUUGUCCUCGCAUCCCUCCGCCCAUCAGGCGUUCGUGUUGAGUGCGAGCGUCGGCUGCCAGCGUCGUUCACGCCGUCGUGCAGCACCGUCGCGUUGCCAACAGUGGCAGUGUUCGCAUCCAAUGCAGCCAGCGAUGUUCUUGCAUUCCGCACGAGUGGUGACAGUGGUGACAGUGGUGGUGAUCGUGAUGGUGAUCGUGAGGAGGGCUGGACCUUGAUUCCCGUGCCAUCACAGCAACAAGAACACAAAGGACGACAACAUCAGCAGCAGCAGCAGCACCCCGCUGCAUAUGUGCGGCUGCCGGAUCGGUAUCGGUGUCACGAUGUGGUGCCGGCACAUGACAGGCAGCACAUCGUCUUCGCUGCAUUCGCGCCCCCGGCGGUGGAGGACCUUGUGUUUGUGCGCACGAACGACACCACGCGCGAGGUGAAGGUGUGCUGGACACGCGCGCCAGCAGCAGAAUGUUUGACCCAGGCGGCCACUGACGGAUGGGAUGGAGGAGAGCGUCAUCGCAGUGGUGUGGGUGGUGCUCUUGAACAACAACAACAACAACAACAACAACAACAACAACAACAACAGCAGCAGCAGCAGCAGCAGCAGCAGCAAGAAGAGGCGACACAAUGUGCCACCAACACAACCACUACGUCCACAACCCCUGUCACCAACACCGCAGCCGCCACCGCCAGCAGCGUGGAUGACAGACGUGCACCUGAGGAGCGGCUGCGCGCGGCGCUGGUGGCGAUGGCGGUGCGGGAGGAGGCAGACGGCAUUGAGCACGAGGGGGCGGCAGAGAAGUGGACACGCGAGAUGGCGGCGGCAGCGGCGAUGAGGACACGCACCACCCCCGCACAGCAGCGGCAGCUGCUGCAGCGGUGGAUGCGGGACACGCAGGACGGCGCCCGUGAUGAAGAUGAGGGUGAUGAUGAUGAUGAUGAUGUUUGUGGUGGUAGUGAAGGUGUUGGUGUUGGUGAUGUUUGUGGUGUUGGUGUUGAUGGUGAUGGUGAUACGCUCCCACCUGUGUCUCUGUUGCUGGGUGGUGGGAUUGCAGGAGAAGGGAGGGCGCGUGCAAACAUGAUCACCGUCGUGCGUGAAGCCGCUGCUGAUGGGCGUAACGCUGCGUUGGACCCGGCUGUGCAGAGGGCACGAAUUCAGCCGGGGAUGGCAGCAGCGGUGGCAGCCACCAACACACCAACAGCAUCAGCCACCAAUCCCGUGACAACAACUGGCUCCAAUACAACUCCAACAUUCACAACAGCAACUACCACAGCCACCACAGCCACCACAGCAACGACAGCAACGACCACCACCACAGCAACAAAAGCGACGACCGCCACCACAGCAGCAACAGCAACGCCAGCCGAAAUGCCGGCGUGGACGGUGAUGGCGGAUAUGGUGGCUGAGCGUCUGGAGCGGUACGUCGACCAACGGCUGCUGCGGGUCGAGAAGCGAAUGCGGGCAAUGGAGAUGCGCAUCAUGAACAGGAUGGACGAGCUCGAGCACGCCAUGGUCCACCGCCGUGGUCCAUAGGCCCGCACCAGGCGCCGCUGGCACACAUGCACACACGACGACGUUUUGG